AUGCCGCUGGCCCUGCUGGUGCGGCUGCCGCUGGCGGUGGCGCGGGCGGUGCUGGCGGCACUGGGCGGGCGGCUGGGCGCGCUGUGCUGGAGCCUGGCUCCCCUCUCCCUGCCCCUGCCCGGCUGGCGCCGGGUCUCGGCCCCCAGCCCGGCGGGACCCCGGCGGGAGCGGGACGGCGCGGCCCCGACGCCCACCAGCGUCAACUACCACUUCACCCGCCAGUGCAACUACAAGUGCGGCUUCUGCUUCCACACGGCCAAGACCUCCUUCGUGCUGCCCCUGGAGGAGGCCAAGCGGGGGCUGGCGAUGCUCAAGGAGGCGGGAAUGGAGAAAAUAAACUUCUCCGGAGGAGAACCCUUUCUUCAGGACAGAGGCGAAUUUGUAGGCAAACUGGUCCAGUUUUGCAAGCAGGAGUUGAAGCUACCAAGUGUCAGCAUCGUUAGCAACGGCAGCCUGAUUAGAGAACGGUGGUUCAAGAAGUAUGGUGAAUAUUUAGACAUUCUAGCCAUUUCAUGUGAUAGUUUUGAUGAGGAUGUCAACGUUUUAAUUGGCCGUGGUCAAGGAAAGAAGAACCAUGUGGAAAAUCUGCAUAAACUGAGACAGUGGUGCCGAGACUAUGCUGUUGCUUUUAAAAUAAAUUCAGUGAUCAACAGAUUUAAUGUUGAGGAAGAUAUGAAUGAGCAGAUCAAGGCACUCAACCCCGUGCGCUGGAAGGUAUUCCAGUGCCUGCUCAUUGAAGGGGAGAACACUGGUGAGGAUGCUCUGAGAGAAGCAGAGAAAUUUGUUAUCAGCGAUGCAGACUUCGAACAAUUCCUGGAUCGCCACAAAGAUGUCCCCUGUUUGGUACCUGAAUCCAAUCAGAAGAUGAGGGAUUCCUACCUCAUUCUGGAUGAAUAUAUGCGUUUUCUAAACUGCAGAAAUGGACGGAAAGAGCCUUCCAAGUCUAUCCUAGACGUUGGCAUAGAAGCAGCUAUACAGUUCAGUGGAUUUGAUGAGAAGAUGUUCCUAAAAAGAGGAGGAAAGUAUGUGUGGAGUAAAGCAGACAUGAAACUGGACUGGUAACUCAAUAUACUGAGCUAGGGCAGGUGCAUUAUGUAAAGAAAAUGGGUGUGUAUAUAUGUAUCUAAUGCUUUUAACUACACUUGAUGUAUUAUACAAACUGAUGUUCAGUAUAACUCUAUAUGUGAAUGUGUUACAUGUCCAUUGUAUGAAAGACUUAAGGGCAAACCAUUAAUAUAAUGCCACAUAGGAAAAGUUUUUAAGUUAAUACGUAAGUGUGCAUGCCAGAAGACAAACCAAAACCCACCCCAGUCUUUAAUUCGUUAUAAACAGCUGUAAUGAUGUGUAAGUGGAAAAACUCUUACCAGUGAACGUAUUCUGCCUCUUUGCUAUGGAAAGGUAGAUUGCAGUUCCUUACUAGAUCACAAGAGGGCCAGCUGGCAGUCCUUUGGAAGCAGCCCUCGCCUUUUUCAGGGGUAAUAGAGGGUCAGAAUCUAGGAAUCAUUAUCUGCAAUAGCAUAUUUAAAAGGAAAUCAAGAUGAAAAAUUUGGCAAUUUUCAUUCUUUAAGACUUAACUGUAAAAGCAUCUGUUGUUCUACUCCCUCUCCUCCAUAUACACAAAUGAUAUUUGCAAAAAUGUUGGGGAUGUAAUUUUCUGUGAAAAUGUUUUUAGUAUGAAAGAAUAUUAUAUUUCUCCUAAAACAUAAAAGUGCAUUUUACCCAAUGACAGGCAACUUCUUAUUUCAUAUUGGCAAUGGCUCUUUAGUUCUAACAAAUAUUUACAGUGAAAACAAUGUUUGCAUUUUACUAAUAACUUCCUCCAUUUUCCUUUUAUCUGUGAAUAUAGAUUUAUUAAUUUUACCAUGUUUUUCUCUCCCCAUGCAUACAGUUCUGAUUAAGAUUCCUUCUGAAAUUAAUUAAUACUAUGUGUCAUACUUAACAUUUAUCUUCUGUUUCAUUCCGGCUGUGUUAUUCGCAUGCUUUUUCUUUUGCUAAGCCACGGAAUUACAAACAACAAAGUUCAUAUACCUUGUAACCUUGUUUUAAAGGUUGCUUGGCUUAGUAAUCAUUCUUGCUUGCUGGUUACAAAUGUGCAGGUAUUAAGUGAAACUACUAAUUGAGGUUUGUGAUAGCUGUCUCUGAUUUUAAGAGCUAGCAGCAUCAACAAAAAAUAGAGAAAAGUCAAAAAUCCCUGGAAAAACAAUGAUCUAAUAUGCUGCCCUUGUUCUUCGUUUUCUGGCAAUUGUUACAGCUUUAUAAUUGCAGUUUUCCAAAUUUAACUAGUCCCAUCCCCUCCAACCCCACAAAUCUCUGUAUGAAGGGCACGGGGUCAAGCAUUGUACAAAGCAAAAGAGAGUUGACACUACUCAUCCAUCCUGUCCAUUGAACUCAAUGCCUGGACUGUCUCACACACUUAAAUAUUUGCAGCAGUUGGGAGCCAGCAUGCAUGAAAUGUAUGAUGUAGGGAAAAUUACACCUUCUCUCAUUUUUCUGAUAGUGCUAGUUGAUUUUUUUUAAAGAGGUUUUGGAGAGAAAUGUUUUGCCUAACGCAUCUUCAAAGUUGAAGGGGAAAGCCCUUAAGUAGGAGCUGCUAUUUCUGAAUAAAGGAAGGUGCAUUUCCAAAUACACUGUGAAAAUGUUUCCAUUUAUAAUUACUUUGGUUUCUAUUUUUACUGUUCUAACUGUAAGUAUACUGUCUCAGUGGUGCUCUUUUGUUUCUUUGCAUUUCGCAAUCACAACACUUCCUAGACACUUUUCAGUAUUUUUUUUUUCUUGUAUUAAUACUAAGUGACAUUUAAAAUGUGGCCCACACACAUUAACCCCACAGUCUUUUGGCAGCUGUUUCGCUGACCUCAGUUGGAGUUCUGCCUGAGUAGCAACUAUGGGCAGCGCAAAUUUAUGUAACUGUGGGGUUUGACUUCCUCUGCCUUCCCAUUGCUCAAAUGUUAAAUCUAGCCUCUUCCUCAGCAUCUACGCUGCAUGAUAGAAGAAAAGACUUUUCCUUUGCUGCUGGCUCACUCCCAGCAUGGGGAAAGAUUUAGUGCAUCAGUGUACCAGUAAAUCUACUAGCUUGCUGCUUCUGCAGAAAAUGCCAGCUGUAUCACAGCACGCAGAUGUGAGGUACACAAACUCCCAUUCAGAUCCAGAAAUCCUGCCAUUCUUGGCUUUGCAUUUUACUCUGUAAAUGGCUAUUCUUUUCCUGCAAGAGAUCCUCUGUGCCUAUGGAGGAAGCCGCAGGAUAAACAAACUGCAGCUGAAAAUGUGAAAAUCCAGUAAAUAAUGUAAAGACAUUGAAGACAGCUUCAUCAGAAGGUUCUAAGUUCUUCUUAAAAUCUCAAGGAUUUUACAUUGCCUCUUGCCACCAUACAUAACUAAGAAGAAGUUUCUGCUCUGUGUGAUACUCCUUUGCAAAGGAAAUGCCAGUUGCGUACAUUAGAAAUUAAGAACUUGAUACAACACAGUUUGACAGACAAUCAGUGAAGUUAAUGAAUGGCUAUUGGUAUUUUUAUAUGCAGGAGUCAAUGUUUGUGUAAAAUCUCAAAAAUUUUUUUCGCUACAGCCUGCUUUCUUUCUUUUUUUUUUUUUAGUCUGUAAACACAGUUCACAUCAGACCGAAACCGGACCUUAGGCUUUCAUUCUGUAGUUGGGCCUGACUUUCAGCAUGGGACUAGAAAAAAUAAUACUGAAUUCAGUAGGGCUACUCUCAGGCUUAGAGAUUACAUGUACAUUGUGACCCUGAAGAGUCAGGAUUUAAAUUUAAGUCCUGUAAACACAGAUAUGCUUAAUUGUAUUUUCAUGUGUAAUCUCACAGUACUGCAGCUAAGCACUUGCUAAAGAUGUUGGAUUGGGAAGGAAUUUACACUGUAGUUUUCUAGCAUUAUGCAGCUGUUCCUAUUUGUGAAAUUUGUAGAUAAUGAGCCUUUGGGAGAACGACUUCAGUUAAAAUUAUGAAUAUACCUUGGGUAGUGAGUAAAACUGUCAUUUAAGAUGCAUUUUAAGAUGCCCUCUUUUUCAGUGUGAAGGAUGCUGACAUAUUUGAAUGUUACAAAUGAUGAAUUUUUAAAUGAUACCGUCACACAGUUAGUGCUAAGUGUUUUA